GUGACAAGGGCAGGCUGAGCGGCGGCUGCAUCGCUCUGUCUGACGGCCACUCACCUCCAUCCAGCCCGGAGCGAGGAACCGCAGCCGCCGGCAUCAUGUACCAGGGCCAUGUACAGCUGGUGAAUGAACAGCAGGAGAGCCGACCUCUCCUGAGCCCUUCCAUAGAUGACUUCCUGCUGGAAACAAAAACAGACAGCAAGUCGCAUACAGCAACAUCAAACACAGCAGUUCUAUCACCAGCGCUGGAUCUCAUGGACCUUAUGAAGCCAGCAAUGACCAGCAGUAGUAAGACAAAGAAAUCUGACGUUAUCUCAAGAGGGGAAGCGACUAAACCAACCUCCUUUAGCAAAGACCACGAUGACCAAGAUCUAAUCAAAGUAGAAAUUGAGCAAAAUACUCAGAGUGUCAAAUCCCUCCAUAGACCCUCCUUGGAUGCUGUCACUAUCCCGCCGCGGAUAGAGAAAUGGGAGGAGGUGAACUUGAAUAGCGCACGGACUCCCGAGGAACCGUGGCUCACAGAGAGAAGGUGUUCCAAAAGGAUUGUCUCCCAAGAGUUCCUCUGGUCUGCAGAGAAUAAGGUCUCGACAGAACUAGCAACCAGUAAAAAUACGACGGAAGUGCAUUCAUCAUUAACUGAACUGGAGCAGCUCCCGACACCGCAGGUAACAACUAUGAAUGUUGGCGAUGUAAUUUCCCGUGUGGUUGUCACCCGCACGUGUGAGCACUUUUACCAGUCCACCGAUUUUCUUGACAGUAGUGAAUGCUCGGGGAAAAAAGCUUCUCGGCAUUUCACCAGGAACCACUCCACCGAGGAAGAAUUCGAAAAGGCAAAGGCGGCAGUCGAGUCUGACACAGAAUUCUGGGAUAAGAUGCAGGAUGAGUGGGAGGAGAUGGCGCGUCGGAACUGGAUCGCUGGGGAUGAGCCGCCGCCAACGAAUACAACGAUCUCCCUGCAUGAGAAGGGGUAUUACUUUCACACGGACAACCCUUACAAAGACUGGCCCAAUGCUUUCGAGGAAGCGAUCAAGAAGCAGAAGGAGGGGGAUCUACCCAACGCGGUCUUGUUGUUGGAGUCAGCCGUUCUCCAGGACCCCUACGAUGCAGAGGCAUGGCAGCAUCUGGGGACCACACAGGCAGACAAUGAGAAUGAACAAGCAGCAAUCGUUGCUCUCCAGAGGUGUCUGGAGCUGCAGUCGUGUAACCUGGACGCCCUGAUGGCGCUGGCCGUGAGUCUCACCAACACGGGGCUCCAGCACCAGGCCAGCGAGACGCUGAAGAGCUGGAUCCGCCACAACCCCAAGUACAAGUUCCUCGUCCGUGGCAAGACCGGAUCCCCCGGCGCCGGACCCAAGGAAUCCAAAGAUGCAAGAGGAAGUUUGUUCCUUGCAGAAGUGAAAGAUUUGUUUCUGAAAGCUGCAGAAAUGAACCCGGACACAAUCGACCCCGACCUACAAACGGGACUGGGGGUCCUCUUCAACCUCAGCGGGGAAUACAACAAAGCUGUCGGGGCUUUCAAUGCUGCCCUUACCAUCAGGCCCCAGGAUUAUUUAUUAUGGAAUCGUCUGGGAGCCACCUUGGCCAACGGAGAUCGGAGUGAGGAAGCGGUGGAGGCCUACCAAAGGGCGUUGGAAAUCCAACCAGGUUUCAUCCGCUCCAGAUACAACCUGGGGAUCAGCUGCAUAAACCUGGGCGCCUACAAGGAGGCGGUCAGCAACUUCCUCACGGCGCUGAGCCUGCAGCGGAAGACGCGGGUGGUACAAUCCUGCCACCAGUUCAUCUCGGGCAGCAUUUGGACAGCGGUGAGGAUAGCCCUGUCCCUCAUGGACCAGCCCGAGCUCUUCCAGGCAGCCCAUGUCGGGGACCUGGACACCCUCAUGAAAGCCUUCAACAUGGACUGAGCUGCCGCAGGGUCACGGCCUGCACCCCCCGUACACACUGCGCACUCACCCCGAAAUCCCAACCCCAGCACCAACCAACAGGUGGACCUUGACCCAAAGCCGCCCUACGCUUGGAAGAACAAACCACAUUUGGAUGUACAGAACUUCAACCCAAGCUCAGACUUACACUUCAACGUACAGUCUUCUGGGUGGUGAUGUAAAUGGACUUUAUAAUACUUGAGAUAAUAUUGCAUUCUUGUUUAGAUUCUUCAAAGUGUCUUUUGGUUCUAGUCUGGUAAAUUAACCUGGUAAUCGCAUACGAUGCCCAUCAAAACGGGUGUCAGGGGUUACGGGGGAAAAAGGCAGGAGAAUGGGGUUAGGAGGGAGAGAUAGAUCAGCCAUGAUUGAAUGGCGGAGUAGACUUGAUGGGCCGAAUGACCUAAUUCUGCUCCUAUCACUUAUGAAUGUAUGGAAAUGACAAUCACUUUCCCUCUGGGAAACGUCAGCAAAACCAAUGAUGUUGAAUGAAAUCGGAAAAACUCAUCUCAAUCAUAAAGGCACAUGUUUGAACAAGGCAGGCAUUAAGUGCUGCCAAACAUAGAUCAGGACCAUUUCCAAACCACUUGCACCGAAGCAUUGAGUGUGGGCGUCACAGUGGCACAGCGGUAAAGUCGCUGCCUCGCAGCGCCAGAGACCCGGGUUCCAUCCCGACCACGGGUGCUGCCUGUACGGAGUUUGUACGUUCUCCCCGUUCUCUCCGAGGUCUUCAGUUUCCUCCCGCGCUCCAAAGACGCGCCGGUUUGUAGUAAUUGGCUUGGUGUGAAUGUAAAAUUGUCCCUAGUGCAUUUAGGAUAGCGUUAGUGUGCGAGGAAUCGCUGGUCGGCAUGGACUCAGUGGGCCGAAGGGCCUGUUUCCAUGCUGUAUCUCUGAACUAAUCUAAACUAAACACCCUGCCCAUUAUCUCUCGUGCUUCAAAUCUUGCCACUUGAAUGAAUCAGCUACCUCAGUGGAAUAAAUCUGAUUCAAUCCAGUUUGGUUUCCGGAUAGAUUCAGGGAAGGUUUCCCCACUAGGACAAAUUAAUAGAUUUUAGAUAUGAAUGAAUAAGAGAGAGAUCUAAACAAAGCAUUUAAUAUGGGCGUCACGGUGGCGCAGCGGUAGAGUUGCUGCCUCACAGCACCAGAGACCGGGAUUCGAUCACGACUACGGGUGCUAUAUUUACGGAGUUUGUACGUUCUCCCCAAGACCUGUGUGGGUUUUCUCCAGGAUCUCCGGUUUCCUCCCACACUCCAAAGACGUGCAGGUUUGCAGGUUAAUUGAUUAACUGUCCCUAGUGUGUGGAGGAGGAUAGUGUUAGUGUGCAGGGUGAUCGCUGGUCGGCGCGGACUCGGUGGGCCGAAAGGCCUAUUUCCGAGCUGUAUCUCUAAACUAAACUAAACUAAACUAAAGGUGCCGUUAAGUACAGGAAUGUGGUGCAGGGUUGAAAGAUUAACCACCAUCCUACUGAAGGCUGACCUCCACACUCAAUGCUGGAGUAACUCAGCAGGUCAGGCAGCAUCGCUGGGGAACGUGAAUCAUUGACGUUUCGAGCCGGGGACCCUUCUUCAGGCUCAAGUUCUUUUUUUUUGUGUAAAUCAGCUUCUUCAGUUCCCUGUUUGUACGUCUUACUGAAAGGGGUCGGGAAAGCACAAGGGGCCGAAUGGCCACUCCCCUGUUUGUUUCUUGGGUCCUUGAAUAACGCCACACCGUGAAUCUACCCAAACUCCACAUGGAACAAACAAACGCCGACACAAGAAUCUACAGAUGCUGGAAACUUGAACAAAAUGCAGGGGCAAGUUAGCGGGUCAGGCAGCAUCUGGGGUGGCGAUAUACUGUAGCUUUAGGAGAUCUAGCUCAUUGCAGCUUUACGUAAAAACCUACCUUAUCAAAGUUGGAUACCUGCUACUUCGAGAGAUACAGCAUGCGUAGAUCAGCAAGCACUUUUCAAAAAGCUUAUACAUUUUCCAAAAUAUAAGACAUGAACUACAGAUUAUUAAUGACUGUACAUGAGGCUUGUUUUGCACAUAUCUAUGAGUUAUAUCGAAAGCAUUAAACAUGUCCAUAAAUAUAUUAACUGUAAAGAGAAUUGUCCACAUUAUCUUGUAAAUAGUUCCUCUGUCUAUUUGUUGUGGCUGAAGAAUUAAUUUAUUUUAAUUAAACCAUUUCUGAUUUAGUCACAGCAAGCAAAAAAAAUAUAUAUAUUUCUAUUCUUAAUGGAUAUUUCUAAGGCAGAGACAGAUAGAUUCUUGAUUAGUGCGGGUGUCAGGGGUUCGUGGGGAGAAGGCAGGAGAAUGGGGUUAGGAGGGAGGGAGAGAUAGAUCAGCUACGAUUGAAUGGCGGUUUCGACUUGAUGGGCCGAAUGGCCUAAUUCUGCUCCUAUCACAUAUGAACUUAAUUAUAAACAAAUUCUGGCUAUUAAUCUACGCAAGGUUUAUAUUUGCAACUCCCUAGCAGUAGUAUGGACAAUAGACAACAGGUGCAGGAGUAGGCCAUUCGGCCCUUCGAGCCAGCACCGCCAUUCAAUGUGAUCAUGGCUGAUCAUCCCCAAUCAGUACCCCGUUCCUGCCUUCUCCCCAUAUCCCCUGACUCUGCUAUCUUUAAGAGCCCUAUCUAGUUCUCUCUUGAUAGGACCACAGUGUAUUUUUCUCCAUGGCGUUAUAUUGCUUCGACAUGAAUUUAGAAGCUUGUCUGUGUGAUCGCAGCAAAUAUUUGGUUAGUCUGUAGUUUCCUAAAACACUUUGUUUCCAUUUGGGAACUCUGUAAGAAAUGAACUGCCUAGUUCUGAGGAACUUUGAAUUAAUUGUAUACUGAGUGACUAUAUCACCCGCUGUGUAAAACUCUGCAGCUAAUUUAAAAUGCUAUUACUUUGAACCUUCAAACUGGUGCUUGCACUAAACGAGGAUUUGCCAGUGCAGCAUGAGGGGAUUUACAUUAAGUACAGAACUUAACAGGGUAUUUAAAUAAAAUUAAAUAUGCACAGUUUAUUUGCUGUAUAGAUUCUCUCUAAUAAAACUCACUUUGAAAUGUGUUCCUCUUUCUG